AUGCAAGUUCCACAGGAAAACCGAUCUCGUGGCCAAGAACACCACCAUGGACAAGAAUGGACCGGAUCCAUCGCUAUGGACUCCUCCGUGCGGGGCGCCCCUUUAAGCCACUCGACCACGGUACAAAGUACUUCGUACAAGACAGGCAACAAGGUACGGCCAAGUCGGCUAGUGCCUGGCAAAGCCACAUGCGCGGGACCCCUGUACACCAUGACGAAUGUAGUGCGAAUUCCUGUACUGAUAGUUACCCCAAAAGAAAUCGAGCUGCCGAUCCUCGGGCUGUCCCAAGCUGCCCCAAAGGCCCUUCCGCGCCCGGGCGCAGCUGGGUACAUAUAUCAAGAAUGCCGUUCCCUCAUUCCCGUCCCACUGGUCCCUUCUCGUCUUUCCAGCGAUCUGAUAGCAGUCUUUCUCCCGUCUUUCUACUGCAGCUAA